AUGUCUUUCCAUAUCCCAGAAACACUCGUCGGAUGGCCGUGGUCACGCCAACUUAACCCCUACUACAUGGAAGUUGGAACCGCGUCCAGCUUAUGGCUCAGAAGCUUCAACGUGCUUGAUGUCAAAGCUCAGCGCGCAUUUGAUCUGUGUGACGUCGAUGUGUUGAGAGCGUGCUGUGAUUUGAUGAUGCUGCUUUUUAUAUACGACGAGCUCUCGGACUGCGAGAAAGGUUCUGUAGUGCAGGAGCAAGCAAUCAGCAUCAUGGGCGCUCUGAGAAACCCUGGUACCCAGCGGCCUGGGGGCGAAAGUAUCUUGGGAGAGAUUAGUCGCCAGUUUUGGAGCAGGACAGUCGAGUGCGCCAAAGCAAGCAUUCUUACACAGGAACGGUUUAUCAAGGCGUUUGACGCUUAUACGAGUAGUGUGACCAUCGAGGCCAUGGAUCGUGACGCAAACACCAUCCGCGACAUCGAAAGCUACCUUGUGGUGAGGCGCAACACAAUCGCAGCAUAUCCAUGCUUCGUUUUUCUCGAGCUAGGGAUGAGCCUUCCCGAAGAUGUUCUUGAAGAUCCCGUAAUACGCGAGCUCAAGAGUUACAUCGCCGACAUCAUUAUUAUUAGCAACGACAUCUGCUCAUACAAUGUCGAACAAGCGCGGGGUGAUACUCACAAUAUCCUGACGGUUGCAAUGCACGAGCUUGGAACAGACCUCGACGGCGCUCUCACGUGGGCGAGCGAAUACUCCAACACUUUGGAAAAGCAGUUCAUCAUGGCCAUGAAACAAGUACGCAGCUGGGGGGACAGCAUCGACAAAGACGUCAUGUGCUACGUCUCGGGACUUGGGAACUGUGCCCGUGCAAACGAUGCAUGGAACUUUGAGUCACAAAGGUAUUUUGGUAAAGAGGGCCUUGCCGUUCAAAGGCACAGAAAGGUGGUUCUUCUUCCCAGGAAGGCGUGA